AUGUCUCUCGCACGCGCAUUUACAACUAGGAGGGCAAAGAAGCAGCUCGAUGUCGCUGCUCCUUCGCCAACUGCUCAACGACCGGCAACCCCAAAGUUCGCUCAUGCGUGCACAGAUUUCGGCCCCCGACUGAAACUUCUCUCUACAACCAAUAUGUUGUCAUACAAUGCACCGGAUCUCUACCCAAAGGAUGCCAGUAAACGAAUCGCAUCAAGCAGCACGGCAUCAACUCAUUCCGGAGAAGAGUCAGAUACCUCGCGAAUGACUAGCUCAACAAGUCUAACUUCUGCCGAUACAUUGUCAAUUGAAUCUCGUUCGCCAAUAACUCCAGCCGGAGAUCAUCUAUCGGCAUUCAACUUUGGCAAAAAAUCAAUUGAGAUUGCAUCUGGCGAUGAAGCACCUGGUAUUCCAAGCAGAGCUCCUUCACAUACUAAGAAGAACCACGAAAUCAUGUCUCGCAAAAACUCUGUUGCAAGAAUGUCGUCACCAAAGAGCUCUACCACUGUUCGAUCAACAAUGCAUAUGUUCUCACCAAAUGUUCAGGAAGCAGUUGCCACUGAACCACAUCCUUUCGGCAAAGAACUCGCUCAGGUUUCUGAGAUUGCUGAGGAAUAUGGCAUCACCAAGGAAACUUUGGCUGUUGUCGAUGAGGAAGAACAAGAGUUGAUAUCAAGAGGAUUAUUCAAAUUCAGAGCCGAAGACUACAUGAGUGAAAUACAAGGACUAUUCAUGAGUGCUUUUGGCGAAGUCAAACCUACCAUCGGACCAGUAUGGAUCUAG